GUGGCGUGUUGUUGAAACGUUCCAAAUAUCAUUCCGGGUCCAAAGCAGUCAGGCUGUAUUGGACAUGGAGAGCUCGUCGGUGUACAUGUGUUUUCCAUGCUACCGGGAAUUCCCCACACUCGAGGAAGUGCUGACGCACCAGCUGACCUGCACUGCAGAGACCGUACACCCUGUGCCUGUUGGUGCUGCCGUCGAGGCUGCUGCCCUCUCUGCUGGUGUACAACAGUUGGAAGCUCAGUCAGUGUAUGUACCGGAGUUUCAGAGCGAGAGGAAACCUGUAACCUCCUCAGAUGUGCCGCGUGUCCUCUACCAGUGUGCUGACUGUGAGCUCUUGUUUGAUGCACUCUUGUUGUGGCAGCAGCACCGAAAGGUUGGCUGUAACGUGGAGACUGGACCUGGACCGGGGAACGCGGCUGCCACUUCAGAGUCGCAACAAGUCAGCCAGGCAGUCGCAAAUGAGAGUGAAGUAGACUAUCAUAACCAGCCAAUUAAGUUGGAAGAAGGAUCCAGACAUGAAGAGAGUGUGGAGACCCAACCGAGUUUACCGAGCAGCAGUGAUCCCCCUGAGCCCUGCGAGGAGCCUGCACCUCAGCUGCCUGAGAGCACCGAGCCUGUGCAGGAACCGAGCCCGCAAGUGAGACGGAGAGGCCAGAAGAAGGCCAAGCCUCCCUCUAGCCUGCUGUGUGUGGAGUGUGGCCGCUGCUUUAGCUUGGCUUCAGAACUGGUGACUCAUCGGAAGACGGUGCACAACUUGAAGGAGACCAUCCACCGGUGCAGCGUGUGCGGCGAGGGCUUCCUCAACACCACACUGUUCCUUUACCACCGCAAACAGCACCGCAGUCAAACACAGGAAGAGGAGCAGAAAGAGGUGGAGGUUCCCCAGCUCUCCACCACCCUGCUGGAGGCUCCAGGAGAGGGUCUGCUCUUGCUAGCCACUGCCGGAGAGGGCCAGAGUCUAAUGGAGAUCACCACCCUGGAGCAAACGGUAUCGGAGGCUGUGUCCAUCGCUCAGGUCGAGGUGGAGCUCGAUCACGAGAUUAGAGGCAAGGUCAUCCAAACAAGUGGAGAUGAACCUGUGCCUCAGGUAGUUGAAGGAGAACAAGUAGAGGAGAUGGAAGUCGAGGGGAUUGUAAACAUGGAAGGGGAGGAAGUUGAAGGUCAAGCUGUACCCACGAACGAGGAAGUAGUUGAAGAGAAACAAGUGGAGACCGAGUUGAGCAAUGUGGAACUGGCACGGAUGGAUGGGGAAGCGCCUUCAACGCCUUCCGCACACCAGAAUUUCCUGUGUAGUCAGUGCGGGUGCUCUUUUAAUGCCGAGCACGUGUUAGCAAAGCACCGCAGUAGUGAGCACGGCCUAGCGGAGGCGCUGCACAGUUGCAUGGAGUGCGGCCAGGAGUUCAUGAACACCACUCAGUUUCUGUACCAUCGAAGAGAACAUCGCAAGAAUGUACCCCCUCCUUCUUCUGCUAGACUGAAUGCCACGCUCACCUCUCUGGCCAAACACCCUCCUGCUUCCCCCGCCCUCCUGCUUCGACGGCCAGAAAGCUCGACUGAAACGAUGCUGCCCGACACGGUGCUCGAGGCCACAGCCAAGCUGAGCCGUGAUUGGUCGCGCACGCCGCUCCCCCACGAGUGCCCGCACUGUGGGCAGGGCUUCACGCGGCGCAGCCUCCUGCGCGAGCAUGUCUUCCUGCACACAGGCGAGAAGCUGUUCAACUGUAGCGUGUGUAGCAAGAGUUUCCCAACUCCCGCUGGCCUGCUGCGCCACAGCCUGUGCCACGGUCCAUCACGCUCCUUCACCUGCCCCAUCUGCACCAAGCCCUUCAAUCAGCCUGCCUCGCUUAAACGCCACAUGCUCACCCACCAGGAGGGCGCACCGAGGAGAGGCCAUGGAAGCAGCAAAGCACGGGGACGCGCUCCUGGAGACACCCGUCUGCUCACCUGCCCCGACUGCCCAGCCAGCUUCAUGCUGGACGCGCAGCUGCAGAUGCACAGGCUGCUGCACACCAGUCACCCUUUCCCAUGCGGCGUGUGUGGACAAGCGUUUAAGCGGCGGAAAGAGCUCGACCUGCACACUCUCAUGCACCAAGAUAAGGAGCCUGUGGUGUGUGCUCAGUGUGGCUCUCAGUUCCUGAACCAGACCGUAUUAGAUGUGCACAUGCAGCGCUGCACAGGAGAACCUGCUCAGCGGCGGCGUUAUAAAGGCCAUGGGCGUGGCCGAGUUGGGGGUCAGCUCGAGUGCGAUAUGUGCGGCCACCGCUGUGUCACACAGGAUGGUCUGGACUUGCACCGGCUCUCGCACACGGGCCAGACGCCGCUACGUUGCCCUCUUGCACCCUGCAGGAAACGAUUCGCUUCCAGCUCGUCCCUGGCACAGCACGUGGUGGCGCACUGCCGUGCGCCGCUGCCCAAGAGGAACACCCCACGCCGCUUCACAUGCAGUUUCUGUACCAAAGAGUUUGCCUACGCCUCCACCUUCGCCGUGCACAUGCGCACGCACACUGACGAGAGACCCUUUGAGUGCACUCAAUGUGGGAAGCGUUUUCGGCAGCUGCCCCACCUGCAGGACCACGAGCGUAUCCAUAGCGGCGAGCGGCCAUUUGUGUGUUGGGUCUGUGGGAAGAGCUUUAGCGUGGCAGCACGACUAGCCGAGCACGCCCGGGUGCACAGCGGUGAGCGCCCGUUCACUUGCCCUCGUUGCCCCACCGCCUUCCGCUCACGCCCCAAUCUCCACAAACACCUCCGUCUGCACGCCAGCGACCCCAACGACCCCAUCACUGAAGCCAGUUCAGACCAGGACUCGGCUGUACAGACCAUCCUUCUGGUGCAGGAACCCGCCACAUCCACACCGGACAUGGCAUCUACCUCCACCAUCAUCCAGGAGGGCACGCUGGUGCCCGAGCAGCACGGCACCUCUGUGGUGUUUCUCCAUAACAACGUCGCAGUGCCUGCAGUUUCCAUGCCCACCAUAUCAGUGGUGGCUGGCCAAGAAGUCCCGCACACCAUCGAGUUCAUUAUAGAAGAGACUGUGUAGAGAGAGAGAGAGAGAAAGAAAGACAGAGAGAGAUCGAAGCCAUUUGUGAAAUGGCUUCAGAGAUGGGCACAGAGAUUACUUAAGGUUAUCUAGGCAAGGAAGAGAAGGAAAGAGAGAAUGAGUUGAGGUUAAAACCUUACAGGGUAAAGCCUUCCUCUCUGUAUGUGUAGAAAAGAAAGUUUUAGCCGAUGCUUUGCUUAAAUAGCUUGUACUUUUUUUGGGCAAGCAGAAGCCGAACGCAACUACACUGAAAUUAAAAGGAGGAAAAUGGAGAGUGGCAUUUACAAGCUUGUGUAUAUAUUUCCACCACUCUGUCCUCAUUUGAGUUUGUCACUAUUAUCUUUGGCAUGAACUGCUCAUAAAGUUUAUAGUGUGUGUUUUUAAUAAAACUACUUGGCUUUCUGG